AUGUCCAAUCAACACUACCAACAUCAGCAGCAGCAGCCGCAAAAUCAGUACCCAUUGGGCGUCAUAAACCAACAACCGCCAUAUCCACCGGCUCCCAUUGGCAUCAACACUUCCUAUCCACCUAAUCCAAACACUAUCAUCUACGCCCCAGCGCCGCCCAGCUCUAACCCGAACAUUCCGCCCGGCUUGGAGUACCUCACCGUGGUAGAUCAGCUGCUGAUAGAGCAGAAGGUGGAGAUGUUGGAGGUGUUCACCGGCUGGGAGACCAACAACAAGUACGCCAUCCGCAAUGUCAUGGGCCAGAAUGUCUACUUUGCUGUUGAGGAAAACGACUGCUGCACUCGGCAGUUCUGCGGCGCCGCCCGUUCCUUUGACAUGAAGAUCAUGGACAACUUUCGCAAGGAGAUCAUCAGCAUUCGCAGGCCGUUUCGCUGCAACAGCUGCCUGACCCCGUGCUGCAAUCAGAACCUGGAGGUGUACAGCAUCAACGGCCAACUGCUCGGCUCAGUGGACCAGGACUGGUCCAUCUGUGCGCCCAAGUUCAGCGUCAAGGACGCCGCCGGAGAAACGGUCCUCAAGAUUGACGGGCCCAUCUGCACCUUCAGCUGCGGCAGCGACGUGGUCUUCCACGUGAAAACGCUUGAUAAGGAGACCAAGGUGGGCAAGAUUACCAAGCAGUGGUCCGGCCUGGCGCGGGAGAUGUUCACUGAUGCGGAUUUCUUUGGCGUCACCUUUCCAAUGGAUCUAGACGUGCAGAUUAAGGCCGUCCUCAUGGCGACCACUUUCUUGAUUGAUUUUAUGUUCUUUGAAGACAAAAAUAACAAUAACAACAAU